AUGGAUUUUGGUAAAUCUCAAGUUCCAAAAGCUUUAAAACAAAGUUUGAGAUUGUUUGAUUCUUCAAAAUUUGAAUUCAUCACUAAUGCUAAAUUUCCAAAUCAUCAAAUGAGAGUGAACAAGGCAAAUCCUGCUUCAUUAGGUAUUGAUACUGUUAAGCAAACUUCUGGUUAUCUCGAUUUUGAAGAUAAACAUCUUUUCUACUAUUUCUUCGAAUCAAGAAAUGAUCCUGUUAAUGACCCUGUUAUUCUUUGGUUGAACGGUGGUCCAGGAUGCUCAUCAAUGACUGGUUUAUUUUUUGAGUUGGGUCCUUCUUCGUUAGGCCCUGAAUUGAAACCAAUUCAUAACCCUUACUCUUGGAAUAACAAUGCUAGUGUCAUUUUCUUGGAACAACCAGUUGGUGUUGGUUAUUCUUAUGGUGAUACUAAAAUCGGCUCAACUUAUGCAGCUGCUAAAGAUGUCUUUGUAUUCUUGGAACUAUUUUUCCAAAAAUUCCCAAGCUUCUCCCAAAACAAGUUCCAUAUCGCUGGUGAAUCUUAUGCUGGUCAUUACAUUCCAAACAUCGCCUCAGAAAUUGUUAACCAUGCUGACCGCUCAUUUGAGUUAGAUUCAGUUUUAAUUGGUAACGGUAUUACCGAUUCAUUGAUUCAAGAUGCUUACUAUCAACCAAUGGCUUGUGGAUUAGGUGGUUAUAAACAAGUUUUAACAGAUGAAGCUUGUGAUCAAAUGAUUAAAGACUAUUCAAAAUGUAAGAGAUUGGUCAAGGCUUGUUAUGCAACUAAAAGUGCUUUUGCCUGUGUUCCUGCAUCCGUUUAUUGUGGUGAUAAAUUAGUUGGUGUUUAUCAAAAGACAGGUUUGAAUCCAUAUGAUAUUAGAGCUCCAUGUGAAACAGAUAAUGGAUUAUGUUAUGAAGGUAUGGAUUACAUUGACAGUUAUAUGAAUCAAAAGGAAGUUCAAGAGGCCUUGGGAGCUGAAGUUGAUUCUUAUGAAGGCUGUAGUAAUGAUGUUUCUGCUAGCUUUAUAUUGACUGGUGAUGAAUCAAAACCUUUCCAAGGAUACGUUGCUGAAUUAUUGGAGAAAAACGUUGCAGUUUUACUUUAUGCAGGUGAUAAAGAUUUCAUCUGUAAUUGGUUGGGUAACCAUGCUUGGUCCAAUGCAUUGGAUUGGAAACAUAAAGAAGAGUUCAGUAAUCAAUUUUUACAACCUUGGUAUGCUGGUGCAAAUCAUACUGCUGCUGGUGAAGUUAAGAGUUUUGCCAAUUUCACAUUUUUAAGAAUCUUCGAUGCAGGUCAUAUGGUUCCAUAUAAUCAACCAGAAGUUUCUUUGAAUAUGUUGAAUACUUGGAUUAGUGGUGACUAUAGCUUUAGUGCUUAUUUAUGA